AGAUUUAUUCUUGGAUACAAGAAAAGGCUGAAGAAUGUCUGUGACAAAUCCGGAGAGUGAUAUAACAAUUGAAACAAAUGAUGAUGAAGCCUGUCCAGUUGAUAACCCUCCCAGUGAAAGUGGUGCCUUAAAGCCAUCCCAUGAGGACUCUGUGUUUACUGGCUGUGAUGACUCAGAGGUUCUCAUAAACUCUAAUAAUGCAGACCCAGAAGAAGCCAAAAGUAAAGAAAGAAAGAUGAGUAAAGACGAGAAAUCUCCAAAUUCUGUGAAGAAGAAAAAUUCUUUCACCCGCUCCAUAGGAAAUGUAUUCAAUAAGGGAAAGAACAGGUUUUUUGAAGGAAACAAGAACAAGAAUUUAGACAAACGAUCCAAAGUAACAAGCAGUUCUAGCUUGAACUGUGAUGAAAAUGGGCCAGAAGAUGACUGUGACGGAAAUACUUCUAAAUCUACAUUAGAUCAGAGCUCAGAUCAAAGCGUCUCACAAGAUGAUUCUAGCACCAACAACCUGGAAAGUGAUAAAGAACUGCCGGAUGCCACGACUGAUGACCUAAUCUAUGACACAGUUUGUGACCUGGUCAAGCACGAGGGCCAGGGUACGGCUCCUGUGUCGUGCUCGACCCCGGAUCCCAGUGCCGUCCAGCUGAGGAAGUCGAAGAAAUCCUCUCAUCGGACAGAUUCUUUAAGGUCAUCAGUCUCCCUGCUCUCCCUGGGUAACAGAGGGUGUCAGGAAGGUACAGGAAGCCCCGUGCCUGUAGACUUCAUCAAUCCAUCACAUUCUGGUGUCAUCCCUAAAGGGGAGAACUCGGAGUAUCACAAGAAUUUCCUCAAGAGCACAGAAUCACAGCUCAGUGAUAAUGAUAUACAAAUACUCAAAGCUAGGGGCUUUGAUGUGGACAAAACUCACUCUGAUCCAAAUAUCCCACCUGAGGACCAGUUGGACGAUUCAGAAGCAUCUUGUGAUGAAGCUGAUUUAAGUUUUGACUGGGGUUCUGAGUUUGAUGAUGAGGACGAGUCUUCUGUCCAGGAGGGCGAUUCAGCAGGGGCAGUUGAAGCGCCAGAAAAACCUUUGCCACCAAAACCAGGAAAAUCUAAAACUUCCAGUGGCUUGCCAUUCCUGUCCAGAUCCAAUAAAACUGCACAGCCUGACGUGUCCAGUGAUGACGACCCUGGCUCCACAGCUUGUCUGCCUGUUAUCAUCAACCCAGAUAAACACCCACCCCCAGCCCUGCCUGCAGAGCCUGAAGGCCUGACAGAAAAUCAGAAAAAACGUAGGAUUAUAAUGGAUCUUAUAAUCAAAAGUGAAGGGUCAUACCUGGCAACAUUAGAACGAGUUUUACAGGAAUAUGAGAAACCAGUGCUUGAAUACAUUCACAACUCCAAGUCCCGGUUAAAGCCAGUGUUUGGGGCUAUGAAAGCUAUCAUCAACCACCACAAGAUGUUUCAGAUUGAACUCUCCGAGUCUGUUAAAAAGUGGGAUGAGGAGGAGAAAAUUGGAGACAUCUUCACUGCUUCAUUCUCCAAGACAAUGCUGGUCAAUGAGUACAGCACAUAUGUCAACAACUUUGCUGCAGCCAUGGAUGAAAUCAGGACAUUGAGAAGAAGCCGAGCUAAUUUUGACGAAUUUCUACAGAGCAGAGAAAAACAGGGUAUCGACAGGUUGUCAAUAUUUGGCAUGAUGGUUAAGCCAGUCCAGAGGUUUCCGCAGUUCAUUAUGUUUUUACAAGAUUUGAUCAAAUACACACCACAAAAUCACCAUGACAGACGAGCCCUACAGCUGGCUUUGACUGAACUAGAGAACGUGGCCUACAAGCUUAACGAGCGCAAGCGCCAGAGUGAGCAGCACUUCCAGGCUCAGCAGACCAUCAAACUACUCAUCAAGCAGAAAGUUCAACACAUGCUCACCUCGUGGAACCUUAACCCUGACCCGAAGCGAAGAUUUUUGCGCUCCGAUAUGGUUGAUCAAAUUUAUGGUGAUGUUGCAAACAUGAAAUGCAAAACAAGACGAAUUAUCUUGAUGAAUGAUAUUCUGUUAUGUGUGAAAGUAAUUGAAAAAGAACAGGCGGGUUUUCUGAUGGAAAGACUAGCUUUGCGGUGGAUGGCCAAUGUUCGUGACCUGGAACUGAAGGACACGGCUAUCACACCUGACAUGCUGAGUGUCAUUAAAAGUGAUGCUGACAAGAUAGACAUCAUUUCUUCAAGAAUGGAGAGACCAGAAGAAGAUCCGUUUCAUCUUUUUGGAGAUCUCCAUGAGAUGCUGCACGACUACACAGUGUUUGGCCAGAUCAGUGGACUGUUGGCUUCGCUCAAACGUUCAUAUACUGGUCAUGGCCUCAAUGAUGAUUUGAUCAAUGAAAUUUUGUGUGAUCUACAAAGGAUGAUUCAAAUCAAAGAUGAGCAACUCCGUCUUGUCAACAGCUGCUCCAUAGUGCUUGAGGAUACCUCAAAGUCUGAUAAACCCCAGUACAUCAUACAAACCCAAACUGCGGCAAUCAAACAGGACUGGUGUAUAGAUUUUCUCAUGGCCAAACUGGCCCUGGACAAGUCCAACAGCCCUGCCUGGGAUGGCUCGGCCAACAGCGAUGACAGCAACUACGACACAAUUCCUGCACAGUUUAUGAAACAUCUACCCGUUGAUAUUCCUAGGAGCUACACAAAAGUGAAGUGUGCAGUGGCUGUGUUUUUGAAUCAAGAGAACUCACCAUUCAGUGUAGGCAUCCAGCACAUGUGGGUGUGCUCAUCCUCGGAGAAGCUGGGCCAGAUCUCUGUUAUAUCUGUACACAACUCUAAACCUGCACUUGUUGAGUCUUUUAAAUCUCUGUUAUAUCUGUGCACCACUCUAAACCUGGGCUUGUUGAGUCUUUUAAGUGAGUACUUGUGUCUGGUGUGUCCAUCUGAGAUGCUCACCCAGAUCUCUGUUAUAUCUGUGCACCACUCUAAACCUGGGCUUGUUGAGUCUUUUAAUGAGUACUUGUGUCAUGUGUGUCCAUCUGAGAUGCUCACCCAGAUCUCUGUUAUAUCUGUGCACAACUCUAAACCUGUGCUUGUUGAGUCUUUUAAGGCCUGUAAGUGUGAAAUUACUGCUGCAGAAUUGGUGCCUGGCUAUGGUACAAUGACCAAACCAGAUGCUCAUAUUUUUGUUGAAGACACAGUGUGGAUAGCAACUGCGGAUAACGAAAUAAUUAUAUUUCCUUUGAUCGGCACCGAUGGAGUUCAUAGGAACUCAAUAUCUGUUAUCAAGUCCCCUUCCCUGAUUAUCUCCCUUAAGUUUGUCGAUGAGAGAUUAUUUUGUGCAUUAGACAAUGGGUGUUUGGCAGUUUACUCUCGUACUUCAGCUGGUGCUUGGGACAUCCACUCACCAAAAAACUUGACACUUGGUACUUGUCCUGUCAAGAUUCACUUCAUCCAUGAGGAAGAUAUUUACCUGUCAUGUGGCAAUCAGCUGUUCUUGUUAGAGAUAGACAGUCUUCAACAGAAGAGUCAACAUGCUGUGCUGGGGGAUGAACAGAAACCAAUUGAAAUAGUGGUGAAAUCUGGUGUCGGGAUUUGGGUUUCAUUCAAAGACAGUUCUGUCAUCAAGCUGUUCCACAUUGAGACCAUGGAGAGCAUUCAGGAGCUGAGUGUCGGCAACUUUGUCAACAGAAUUCGCAAUGAAAAGCUCUGGUCCCUGAGUGGUGCUACAGACAAUAUGAUCGUCACAAGCCUUGCCUUAAGUAAAGGACUGCUCUGGAUAGGGACUAGCUCAGGAAUUGUUUUAACAGUGCCACUACCUAGGCUGAGUGAUGGUGUUCCUCUGUACCGUGGGCGGCCAAGCGUGUCACUCCAUGCCCACAAGGGACCGGUCAAGUUUCUCAUCCCCCUGCAGUGUUCUGCUAGCACCCUGGAGCUAACUCGGGCCAGCUCUCUCAAGUCAACCAUUAAGUCAAGGCCGAGUCGUCGCAAGCUGGAGAGGUCACAGUCAGAGAUGGGGGAGCUUGAGAAAGUCGUUGAGAUGGACGAAGGACAGCAGGCGACAGAUUUAAAAUACAGAACUUUAGAAUCAGGAACUAGUACUCUUAGACAGUAUGGCACGUUACCUCCCUUGACGGACCAGCAGGCUGAAGAAAUUCUCGCAUGGGAGGAGUCGUCAGAUUUAUCAAAGUCUGAACCGGAUACUAAUGGUUUAGAUGAAAACAAACACAGUUUUAAAAAUCAAAACUCCAGGCGCAAAAAAUCAUCUGAUGACUCGGCGCCAGUACUUAAAAGAAGCAGUCGAAGAAUUACCGAAGCUGACAGGAAGAGCCGGACUUUAUCUUUUCGUUCGGAGCUUGCCGAGCGGAUAGUCCAGUCGGAUAACCCCAGUGUGGAUCUUGACUCUCACGAGCCCCGCGAGGUAGAGAUGUUGUAUGAGGUGUUACUGGAGGAUCAUAUAGGGAGAAAUGAAAACAUGGACGAAUCUAACACAACAGACAGUUCGACAGUAGGGGAAGACAACUUGGGGAUAAACCUAGGCAUUUCAGCUCAAAACUCAAGCGCUGACUCCUCAAACUCCUCCUUCCUCACAGCACCCUCACCCUCCCACAAAAGUAACGACCAGCUCUCCAGCUCACCUGUCUCUUCGUCCACCAAUGCCAAAAUUCUGAAAGGCGAGCACAACAGCAGUUCCCCCGGCUCCCCCAAGAAAACCAACUUCACCAAAAGCCUGGUUAGGGGCGGAGCACUGCGUCAGACCAUCGCCAGGAAGGCUAGCAGCAAUGCCAUGAUUAUCCUAAGCGGUGGAGACGGCUACUGUGACCUGGAUUAUUCCAGAAGCCAGGCUAAGUGUGAUGGUGCCUGCGUUAUGCUGUGGAUCUACAAAUUUUAACGCUUGUUGCUUAGUGUUAGCCUUAGUCUUAGCCAACCGUUUAUUAAUAUACCCUUCAUCACAUCAUCAUUGUAUAUAUAAUUUUUAUCAGCCAUAUUCUUAUGUGAACUUUUUUACUCUAUGAAAUCUGUGUUUGAUUAAUUAAGUUGAAACAAUAUUCAGUAACUUAAAAUUGUCUUUUAUACAGGUAUGGAUGAACUGUAAUUUAAAAAAAAAGUAAUUUAGAAUUUACAAAAUUAUCAUUACAUCUGAUGUAAAAAAAAUUUAAAUUCUAUUUAUAAUUACAAAUGUAGUCCCUAUCAUGCCUAAGACAGUUUGAUCCCCAGGUCCCUUCCCUCAGAAUAACCAGACCCCUAUUUUAUUGUGUAAUGUCUGAAGAAUGUAUGACCAGGCUCAUCUGUGUGUGCCACACCAUCACCAAUUCAGUUACAGCUUUUGAGGAGAUUGUUAUCAUGUUGAGGUUUUUUUUUUAAUUUAUUAAUUUCAGCUUUUCACUUGUUUGCACACAGAUGGCCAGAUAAAAUAUAUUUUUUUAUGUCUACAGUAAAUUAUUUUGUAGCUGUGAGGUUUGUUUACUCAUCUUUUAGAAAUUUCUAGUGGAGGUGUAAAUGGUGUAUUGUGGGAUAUCAUGAUUUAUUAUCUGCUUUAUUUAUAAGUCACCCGUAUAAAAGCUUACAUUUCUACUCUCUUCUGAUACUGCUGACUUUAGUAAAACAAAAUCUGACAUUGAAGACCAAAUAACAGACUAGUAGAGUUAGGAUUUGAUAACAUACUCUUGUAUUUUGUGUACUAGACACUUUUCUCAGGACCUUCAUGUAAAUUAUGUAUAUAAAUCUAAGAAUGUGGAUGAAAGUAAAUG